AUGUCAUUUUUCGUGUAUCGGGCACUGACCCCCGACAAAAGUAGGAUCCGGCUCAUCCAUCUUCUACCCAGAAGCAGUCAUGCUCCGUUCAAGACACCAUCAAAUGAACAGUUUCCAGACGCAGAUGCUUCUGGGCUAGCAGUUCGGGUGUUUUGUACUAUCUCUCAUGUCUCUCUUGAUCAGCCGCCUCCUUAUUCUGCGCUUUCUUACACCUGGGGUGAUUUGAAUCAAAAAGGCCUCAUUCUUGUUGGCGACGCUCCUUUCCACGUCACGAAAAGUCUUGAAAUUGCGCUUAGUCAUUUGACGCUAGAAGACAAGCCAUUGACGCUUUGGAUCGAUGCUCUCUGUAUCGAUCAGGAUGAUGAAGUGGAAAAAACAGAACAAGUUCGACAGAUGCAGCAAAUCUACUCAAAAGCAACAUCUGUGAUAACUUGGUUGGGUCCAGCUGCGGAAAAUAGCGACGCGGCGAUGGACUGGAUCCAGCGUUAUGGGUCUCUGUCUUAUGAACUCGGUAUUGGAUCCAGGCCGGAAUUGCGACUUCGCCACCUCCUACAGACGUUUGAAGCAGAUCCAGAUAAACUACCUCACGAAGGUCUUAAAGAAUUCCUUCGCGACAUCUCUGCGCAGCUGUCACCGGGAACUCGCGACAGCGAAAGUGUUGGCACAGCCUUAUCCAAACUCUUCAAACGAGCCUAUUGGAGCCGAAUCUGGGUAGUUCAAGAAUUAGUGCACGCGAAACGCGUGAAAUUCGUAUGCGGAAACAUUGCCGUAUCGGAAGAGCCUGUUCAUCACUCACUGAGACUACUGAGGAAUUUCGGACAAUACCAGCACUUCAAAUCAGCUCAACACCCACAAGCAACUGAUUCGGAACUUACAUCAACCUCAUUUGACAUGCGUAACCCUGUUAAUAUUCUCAAGAUUCGAAGGGCUGCAGGGCCGUUUCCAGUGAUAUACUUGAUCCGAACCUUAAGAUACUUCAAAGCAACAGACCCACGGGACAGAAUCUUUGCACUCUUGAGUUUUGCUGCGGAUGCAGCGGCAUUUGGUCUAUCUCCAGAUUACCGAAAGUCCUGUAGUGAGGUUUAUAUCAGGACUACAAUAUCGCUAUUGCAAAAUGGUGUCUUUGAUAUUCUUUCAUUCUGCGAAGCCCAUAAAGAAAGUUCAGAACUUCCUUCGUGGGUUCCCGACUUCAAUCAGAUCAGCUACAGAGUUCCUCUUCAGCAAAGGGCGAUGAAGCGAGAAUCAGUGCCUAUCACAACUGUUCUCCAACCCAGGUUCAGCGCUUCUGGGGAUAACCAACAUACACAUCUCUCCUUUGAGCACACACAAGGCUUUCCUACGUCCCUAUUAAUCCAUGCCAAGUUUGUGGAUGAAGUGAAGUGUGUGGGCACUACUUGGGAACCACAAGCUUUUGGGCUCUGGCUGCAAGAGCUAAGGGAAUUUUCUCAUCAAAGCUCCCCUCCUUUUGAGCCUCAUCACCUAAGAAAUGUCUGGCGCACUGCAGUGGCAGAUCAAGAGAUCAGGCAGGGGAACCAAAAGCCUAGAUUAUCUGAACACGGUCUUGCAAAAGUACAUAACUUAUUGAGAAGUCUGGAUUUGAGCGUUGCAAAUGCACGAACGUUUGCCCACUUAGGAUUAGAAGAUUAUCUUUAUCAGUUGCAGGAUGUUGCUUAUGGCAGACGGCCUUUCCACACAUCAAAAGGUCACUUAGGGAUAGGACCUUGCCAAAUGAUGCCUGGAGACCUUGUCUACGUACUUGUUGGCACCGAUGUUCCAUAUAUUCUUCGCCCAAAUAACCACGGCAAAUUACGGCUCAUUGGAGAAGCUUACACGCACGGAAUCAUGGACGGUGAAACUAUGAAAGACGGCCCACCAGUGGAUAUGAUUGCUAUAUAUUGA